AGCAGAGAUAAUGAGACUAUGCUGUGGAAGUUUCUUUUAAUUCUCCAUGCGGGUUCCCUUAUUUCCUGUUCUCCAUUGUGCAGCUCAACAGAAAGGACGGGCUGGGAAAGACCAUCACAUAUACACCUACUGCCUUUUGUUGAUGAGAAGACACACUAAACAUAAACAAGGUGAUCCACAAAGGCUGGCUCACCAUCAACAUCAGCUUCAUGAAGGGAGGAUCCAAGGAGUACUGGUUCGUCCUGACAGCUGAGUCUCUGUCCUGGUACAAGGAUGAAGAGGUGAAGGACUUCAUCCACUCUAAGCUGCUGGCCAAACUGUACUCUUCAGGAGACCAGAACAGUCUGAUGGAGGAGUCGGCCGAUCAGGCUCAGAGAAAGGACGAGAUGCUUCGCCUCUCCAGGCUCUUCUCCACCUGCUCAAGGAGCCGAAGACCUCCUGGUGCUCCCACCCGGCCCACCAUAAUUCGCCCUGCUGAGCCCUCCCUUCUAGACUAGACCUACACUACAUUUACACACACACACACACACACAAAUUUCCUUAUUAGCUUGUGUGUGUGUAGGCCGAGGGAGAUGACUGAGCUCCAGUAGACACCUUCUCCAUGGACCCUCAGCUGGAGAGGCAGGUGACAACAACCCGUAACCUGGUGGACUCCUACAUCAGCAUCGUCAAGAAGACCAUCAGAGACCUGAUGCCCAAGACCAUCAUGCACAUCAUGAUAAACAGUCUGCUGGCCUACCUGUACUCUUCAGGAGACCAGAAAAGUCUAAUGGAGGAGUCGGCCGAUCAGGCUCAGAGAAGGGACGAGAUGCUUUGCGUGUACCAUGCCCUGAAGGAGGCGCUCACCAUCAUCGGUGACAUCAGCACCACCACCAUCUCCGUGCCUGUCCCUCCGCCUGUUAAUGACACCUGGGUCCAGGAAGACAGUGAAGGCCGGCCACCACAGCCCCGCCCCCUUACAGACCUCCAGCGGUGAGAGGUCCCACUCUGGGGCUGACCCCUCUAAACCCCUGCCCUGCUUUUGGUGCUCUGCCCAUCCCAUCCAGACCGGGACAGCCCAUGAACGCCUUCAGGAACAGCAGCCAGGACCCAUUCAGUGCACCACCUCAAGUGCCUUCUCGCAUGCAUCCCUCCCGUGGUGCCCAGCUACUAUCAUGGAUAAUGAACUACCUGAAAUCCAAGUGAUGAACCUGGAACGACCUGAAACCUGAGAGACGCCACUGAAGAAGUGUGGAGUUUGGUUCAUGAUUUUCUGUCAUUUCUUUGAGAGAUUUGCAUUCAAUGGAAUAAAAGGUAAUGAAAGAGCUCAAAUAUCCAGUGGUUUAUACGAAGCCAUGUUAUUUGUUGGACAGUAACAAGUAAGUUUAACUUAAUGUAUCUGUACUUUUUCCUUUUUCUCACGUCUAUUCAUUUGGUUCCCUGAUAAUGUCCACUGUUAAAAAUCACUAUACAAAAAAUAUAAUAGAAAAUGUAAAAGUAAAAUGAAAGUAAUUAAUACUUUUCCCCUUUUUCCAGCAAUAAUAUUUAGAGUAGCAUUUAUUUGUCACAUUUACAGUACAGUGAAAUUCUUUUCUUCACAUACUGUAUCCCAACUUGUUCAGAGCACAGAGUCAGCCAUCAUAUUAUCACCCCUGGAGCACAGAGGGUUAAGGGCCUUGCUCAAGGGCCCAAGAGUGGCUGUUUGGCAAUACCAGGGCUUGGAGCCACAGCCUUCCCAUGAGUAACUCAGAGCCUUCACCACUGAGCAACAUCUUUCCAGUAAUAUCUAAGCAGUUUGUUUGAACAUUUUUACUUAAAUACAAGAAUGUGACCACCACUUCAACCGCCACUUCAUCCAGCGCAGUAUUUCAAGUUCAAGUUUAUUUUAUAGUGCUUUUUACAAUGGACAUUCCCUCAAAGCAACUUUACAGAACUUAAGAAUUAAUGACAAUGAUGUGUGUUUCUUCCCUGAUGAGCAGGAAAAACUCCCUUAGAUGGUUUGAGGAAGAAACCUUGAGAGGAACCAGACUCAAUAGAGGAACCAGACUCAAUAGGGGAACCCACCCUCAUCCUCGUUUCACAUUUAUGUUGUGCACAUUCCAUCAAAUAUUUUGGGCAAAGUUAACAUUGUUGUUUUCUUUUUUAUAAAGUGGUGCUCCUACUGUUCUUCUUAAAUUACUUCCACUGGAACUCAAAUAUGUCCACAACAGUGUACCACACAUUUUCUGCCUUCUUCUUCGUUACUCCCAUAGUCGGAGAAAGUCCCAUUUAACUUGAUAAGUGUUAAACUCAGAUGUUUAUCUGCUCUAUUCAUAGCACCAUCAUUACUUUGAUGACCUGCUUGUUCGUGGGUCAUGUGCUACUGCUUCUGGGUGCAUUUCCACAUAUAGGGGGCAGCAGUGUACACAUUGGUCUGUCCAUGCUUGGCCUCAUCCUCAUCACUUUUGGGACUGGAGGAAUCAAGCCUUGUUUAACAGCGUUUGUUGGCGACCAAUUUGAGGAAGAGCAUCAGAAGGAGAGAAAACGCUACUUGUUAUUUAUCUUUGUGUUUGGGAAACUUGCCAGUUUGUGUUCGACCUUCAUCACACCAUUUAUCAGAGAAUACGUUCAGUGUUUUGGAGGUGACUGCUACGCACUGGCAUUUGGAGUUGCUGCAGCAUUGAUGGUCGUAGCUUUGGGGCUUUUCAUUGGUGGCACUAAAUUAUAUAUAAGGUUACCACAAGAAGAAAAUGAUUUAAAGAACAUCUGCAAGUGUACUGGGAGAGAUUCCAAUCAGAAGGUAAAACAUCUGCGCUGGAUACUUCUUCUUUUCUUCCCACUACCCAUGUUCUGGGCCGUCUUUGAACAGAAGGGAUCAUGGUGGACUCUGCAGGCCUCUCAGAUGAACAGGCAUUUUGGUGAAGGCUUUGUAUUAAAUCCUGAAUACAUGCAGCUACUGAAUGCUAUAUUGGUUCUGCUAUUCAUUUUUAUUCUCAAGAUGGGAAAAAAAUGCUUCCCCCGGCGUUGUCAGAUCAAGCCUCUAUGGAAGCUGUUUGUGGGAUUAAUAUUCGCUGUUUUGGCUUCUAUCGCUGUAGCUGUAGUGGAAAUCCUUGUCAUUAAAUCAGUUAUGGAACCUGCACAUGACAAGGAAUGUCUGCUACAAGUCCUUAACCUUGUUAAAGUAGAGCCCGUGUCUGUAGAGUUGACAGGACACAAUAUUUUUCCUGACCGAUUCCAGUCAUUUAAGGAUCCGGUGGAAUACACUCGACUUCCACUCGGCGAUGCCCAUCGAGUCUUGCCAGUCAGUGUCUCUCAAUCUGGAGUGACUCACCAGUGCAAACUUAAUGCCAGUGAGAGCACUGCCUAUAGCCUGAUCUUGUUCGGAAAGGACAGUGUUAUCAAAUGUAAACUGGAGGAGGACCAUAUCAUCAAAUUGGAGAAUGGAGAAGCCUUCAUCAGAUUCAUUAAUUCCCAUGCAAAGAAUAUCACCAUUACUUUAGAAAGUACAAAUCUCUUUGCAGCGGGCAAUUAUGGAAUUUCUGAAACUGUAAAAGUUAAAGGAGGAAAAUAUGUGGAAGUGACCAUCAGCCUAGAAACGACAACAGAUUAUGUUGGACUGGGGCUUCUCGACUUUGGUGCCACAUAUACAUUUAUUAUUGACGGGGAUGCAGAAAAAGUAGUACUGCAUAAGAUGGAGGAGGUUCAUGCCAGCAGAAUACACGUUGCCUGGCAGGUCCGCAGUACAUUUUCAUCUCUGCAGGGGAGGUCCUGUUCUCCAUCGCUGGAACAGAAUUCUCUUAUUCACGCCCCAGAUGGUAUGAAGUCACUGGUGCAAGCACUUUGGCUCCUAAAUACAGCUGUUGGAAAUUUCAUUGUGCUGGGCACAGAAAAUAUCAAUUGGACCUGGAAGAUGGGAAAGUUUGUGUUCAUUGCUGCAGUGACGUCUGUAGCCUGCCUCGUCUUCUUUUUCAUCGCCAAAUAUUGUCCCAAUCCGAAUGAGGUUUCUUCAAAAUGCUGCUCUUCGAUGCUUGAAACUUGCCGCAGAUGUCCUUCGACGUGCUGUACGAUGAGGACAACUCGAAGUAGGACGGCUUCCACAAGUGGGAGUCGAAACCAGAUCCAGCUAGACAGCAUGGAAAUUGCGCCGCCCUCAAAUUAGUCACCGCCUUUUGAUCGGGCAGCCAAGGCGGGAUCAGAUAAUAGCUGAAAAUAGACUUUCACAAUUUGAGUUUCUUUUUUUAAACCAUGAUUCGAAACAAGAUGCGUUUUGGGAAUUGAGAACUUUUUGGAUGUUUUUUUAUUAUGUUAUCUUUUUUUUAUGGUGUUAUGCUGACAAAUGUUCAUUUUUGAUGGAAAAAACAAGUUGAUUUAUAAAAAAUGUAAAAAUAAAGGCAAUGAUGUUCUGUUAGGGUUUCAGUAGUUCCUGACAUCAGCUUGGUGUCGCUGGAACUCUCACACUUUUCUGUGAACUUUGACCUUUUUUCUGCUGCUGCUGAGGGGGUGACGUUACACUAAAUCACCUUGAAGUUGUCUAUUUUAACUUUUGUCCACUUGUUAAAAUAUGUUAAUUGUUGUUAUAGAAAUGUUCAACAAAAACAAUUAAAAAAACUCACACUGUUGAGGACUGUGGACGGUGUGAGGUUUUUUUAUUGUUUGUGUUUAAAUAUGUAAAUAAUAAAAUUUUGCUUACUUUAA